UUUUCUCCAGGUGGAAAAGCUGGAUGAAAAUGAAUGGCAGACUAAGUUGCGCCAACUGAAUGAAAGUGGCCACAAGGAGCUGGUGGUUAAGCGGAACUUUGGGCAUGACGGGCAGAAUACUCUUGCAGAGAUGGCUCGCCAGCACGGCCUUCAUUUCCAUGCUUACAACAAAGGAAAAUCUCUUGUUUUUAGCAAAGUUCCAUUGCCAGAUUAUCGUGCAGAUCUUGAUGAACGACAUGGAUCAGCACAGAAAGAGAUUAAUAUGUCAACAGAGACCGAGAGAAGAGUUGAGAAUCUUCUGGCAAAAUCCAUAGGAACAUCAGGAAUUAUUGGUUCCAGUAGCACUUCCAGCCCUACCUCCAGUCAAGGAAGUAAACAGUCUUUGCCUAACAUGGUUACAACAGAUGGUGAAUCAAGAGCACGAUUGGGUGUUCCGAAGGAAAAGUUCAGUCUUGAGCUUAGAGACAUGCAGAUCUCCAAGAAGUCCACUCCAAGCGCAAGAGCAAUGCAGUCGUUUAGGGAAAAGUUACCAGCAUAUAAGGUUAAAGAGGAGUUUCUAAAAGCUGUGGCAGACAAUCAGGUAUUGGUCGUUUCUGGAGAGACAGGGUGUGGAAAAACUACACAGCUACCCCAAUUUAUACUCGAGGAGGAAGUAUCACAUCUCCGUGGAGCAGAUUGUAAUAUAAUAUGCACUCAACCGCGUCGUAUAUCUGCUAUAUCUGUGGCAGCAAGAAUUGCUUCAGAAAGGGGUGAGAAUCUUGGGGAGACUGUUGGCUACCAAAUCCGUUUAGAAGCUAAGCGUUCAGCUCAGACAAGGCUUCUUUUCUGUACAACUGGGGUGUUACUUCGGAGACUGGUUCAGGAACCUGAUCUGGGUGGUGUCAGUCACUUAUUGGUGGAUGAAAUUCAUGAAAGAGGCAUGAAUGAGGAUUUUCUCAUCAUAAUUUUGCGUGACCUUCUUCCCCGGCGACCAGACCUUCGCCUAAUUCUAAUGAGUGCCACCAUAAAUGCUGACCUAUUCUCUAAGUACUUUGAAAAUGCACCGACUAUCCAUAUUCCGGGGUUGACAUUUCCUGUUGCUGAGAUGUUUCUCGAGGAUGUUUUGGAGAAAACUCAUUACAAGAUCGUAUCAGAGACUGACAAUUUUGUAGGCGGCUCAAGAAGAAGAAGACAGCUAUCUUCGAAAAGUGACCCAUUGACUGAAAUGUUCGAGGAUGUUGAUAUCAACAAUCAAUUCAAAAGCUACAGCAUAUCUACACGGCAGUCUCUUGAGGCCUGGUCUGGUGCACAGUUAGAUUUGGGUCUUGUGGAAGCAACAAUCGAGUAUAUUUGUCGGAAUGAAGGGGAUGGAGCAAUUCUUGUCUUCCUUACCGGUUGGGAUGAAAUAUCCAAGUUGCUUGAAAAGAUUAAAGCAAACACUCUUCUUGGAAAUUCUAGCAGGUUUCUUGUUCUUCCGUUGCACGGUUCAAUGCCCACUGUGAAUCAACGUGAAAUAUUUGAUAGACCUCCAAGUAAUAUGAGGAAGAUUGUCUUAGCAACCAAUAUUGCUGAAAGCAGUAUUACCAUAGAUGAUGUUGUGUAUGUCAUAGACUGCGGAAAGGCAAAGGAGACAAGUUAUGAUGCUUUGAAUAAGUUGGCAUGUCUAUUGCCAUCAUGGAUAUCAAAGGCUUCGGCACACCAGAGACGAGGGCGUGCUGGCCGUGUUCAGCCAGGAGUGUGUUACAGGCUGUAUCCGAAACUUGUUCAUGAAGCAAUGCUCCAAUAUCAGUUACCUGAAAUUCUCAGAACCCCCUUGCAAGAACUUUGCCUAAAUAUCAAGAGCCUACAGUUGGGUGCUGUUGCCACAUUUCUAGCGAAGGCACUACAGCCUCCUGAUCAUCUUGCUGUUCAGAAUGCAAUUGAACUUCUCAAAACAAUAGGGGCUUUAGAUGAAAUAGAAGAACUCACUCCUCUUGGUCAUCACCUUUGUAUGCUGCCUUUGGAUCCCAAUAUUGGAAAGAUGCUACUCAUGGGAUCCAUAUUCCAGUGCCUGGAUCCAGCUCUGACAAUAGCUUCUGCUCUUGCACACCGCGACCCAUUUGUUCUACCAAUAAACAGGAAAGAGGAAGCUGACAGUGCAAAAAGAUCAUUUGCUGGUGAUUCUUGCAGUGAUCAUAUUGCUCUUCUGAAAGCUUUUGAUACAUGGAAAGAUGCAAAGCGUAGUGGAAGAGCUCGUGAUUUUUGUUGGCAAAACUUUUUAUCACCUAUGACACUGCAGAUGAUGGAUGACAUGCGAGGCCAGUUUCUUGAUCUUUUGUCAGACAUUGGCUUUGUUGACAAAGCUAAAGGAAUCAAGGCAUAUAACCACUAUGGGCAUGAUAUGGAAAUGAUUUCUGCUAUUCUAUGUGCUGGGCUUUACCCUAAUGUCAUCCUGUGCAAAAAAAGAGGGAAGAGGACAGCAUUCUACAGUAAGGACGUCGGGAAAGUGGACAUCCAUCCUGCUUCUGUGAAUGCAGGGGUCCACUUGUUUCCUCUGCCCUACUUGGUUUACAGUGAGAAGGUGAAAACUACGAGCAUUUAUAUCAGGGACUCAACUAACAUAUCAGAGUAUGCUUUGCUUCUUUUUGGAGGCACACUCAAGCCAAGCAAAACUGGGGAGGAUAUCACAAUGCUAGGAGGCUAUCUUCAUUUUUCUGCACCAAAAAGUGUGAUACAACUGAUUCAGAGAUUGAGAGGGGAGCUCGAUAGACUUCUUCAAAGGAAAAUUGAGGAACCACGACUAGAUGUCUACUCAGAAGGAAAGGGUGUUGUUACUGCAGCUGUUGAACUGUUGCACAGCUGAAAGUUUUUAUUAUUGGUAUAUAGAUCAAUCUUCUAACGGUUCUUGUUAAAGAGUAGUAGUACUGGCUCCCUAAUUGCUGGUCAUCAUCUGAGAAUUUAUUCUCACCUUUGCUUUAGAGUCCUCCGGAAGUAGUACACGCGAGGCACAUUUUUGUUGAUUGCCCAAGUGUAAGCCUAUUUAUUGUAACAAUUAUUUAUAUAUGUAUUUAUAGAAAUGUUAUGUUAUGCAAUAAAUAUUAUCCCUCUUUAGGAUUUAAUGCUAACAAGUUCUAUUCA